UUUACGUUUUGACUGCGUCGUUUCGUCUCUAAAAAAUCCACGUUGGUGUUAAUUAACCUAGCAGGGAGCGUCAUCAUUCCAGCAGCGUGUUGCUCCGUCUUACCUGUCCUUUACGCACCGCGGCAGGCAGCGGCGUGCUGAUUUUUUUUUCUCCCUGGUGAAGCGUCCAUUUCAGGCGGGCUCUGUAGCAGGGGAGGUCAGAGGUCAGGGGCAGCAACAGAUCAGCAUCCUUGUUGCAGACUGCCUGCAGUGCCCAACUGGAUGAACUGAGGCGAGCAUCUCCUGAAGGCAUCCAGUGCUGUUUCCUGGAAAACCCUCGCUGGUUCAGACCAGGUUAACCCAGUGAGAUCCACUACAGGACACCGGCUUCCAGCUUCUGGAUAAAUUCACGCUUGAGAACAGGAGAGCAAUGUGACCCCUGGAUUAGAUGAGGACCAUGGGAGCUGUUAAUAUGGAUCUGAGAGUCGGCACGCUCUGAAUCAACUCUCAUUCAGGCACAAUGGUCCCCCUUCUGUUUUUGGUAGCAACCACAACAAUACCCUAUUCCUAUUCCAAUACCACUGCCAAUGACACCAACUCAAAAGCCUCUUCUCCAUUCUCAGGAGGAGAUAAAUCUCACAACCCCCAAAUCCUUCCCAUUGUGCUGGUUGUGUCCCUGCUGGUGCUCAUCUUCACACUGUUGGCCUGGUACAUCCUCAGGUCAAAAACCCAGAAACCAGCAGUCGUCACAACAGUUGACAAAAAAAUACCGAAUGGCAUUUUGGAAGAACAAGAGAUUGGCUACAGUUCUGAGUCGUUGUACACCGUUGUACCUCCAGAGCAACAGACGGUGGUCCUUCUGCCCAGGUCCCCCUCUGCCUCAAAGACCUACCUGCCCAUCCCAGUGGACCACCUGGAGGAGGAGUACCGGCUCCGCUCAGCUGAUGAUGGCAAACUCUUCAGGGAAGAGUAUAAUUCCUUGCCAGGGGGCAAUGCACAGGGGACGUAUGAAGAGGCAAACAAGGACGAGAACAAGGAGAAGAACAGAUACCCCAACAUCCUUCCCUAUGAUCAUUCCCGAGUGGUGCUGACUCAGUUGGAUGGGAACCCAUGUUCAGACUACAUCAAUGCAUCUUACGUAGAUGGUUACACAGAAAAGAACAAAUUUAUAGCUGCACAAGGACCAAAAGAAGAGACAGUAGCAGACUUUUGGAGGAUGAUUUGGGAGCAGAAAGUAGCAACGGUCGUCAUGCUGACGAAUCUGAAAGAAAGGAAAGAGGAUAAGUGUUACCAGUACUGGCCAGACCAGGGCUGCUGGACUUACGGGAACGUAAGGGUGGCAGUCGAGGACUUCACAGUCCUAGUAGACUACACAAUACGCAAGUUCUGUGUGCAACAUCAAGCCAGUGAUGCUGCUAAGACUCUCCGACCAGUCACACAGCUUCACUUCACCAGCUGGCCUGACUUUGGAGUCCCUUUCUCCCCCAUUGGCAUGCUCAAGUUCCUGAAAAAGGUCAAGGCUGUGAAUCCGCCGUUUUCUGGACCUAUUGUGGUCCACUGCAGUGCUGGUGUUGGGAGAACGGGAACCUUCAUCGUAAUCGACGGCAUGAUCGACAUGAUGCACGCGGAGCAGAUAGUUGAUGUGUUUGGGUUUGUCUCCAAGAUACGAGAGCAGCGCUCCCAGCUCAUCCAGACAGAUAUGCAGUACUCAUUCGUCUACCAGGCCUUGCUUGAAUACUACCUCUACGGAGACACAGAGCUGGAUGUGUCAUCUCUGGAAGGACAUCUGCACAAACUGCACAACACCUUUGCCGAUGGUGAUCGUGUGGGACUGGAGGAGGAGUUUAAAAAACUGACCAACAUGCGAAUAAUGAAGGAGAACAUGAGGACUGGGAAUCUUCCUGCAAACAUGAAAAAGAACAGAGUUCUACAAAUUAUUCCAUAUGAUUUCAAUAGAGUCAUUCUCUCCAUGAGAAGAGGCCAAGAGUUCACAGAUUACAUCAAUGCGUCUUUUAUAGAUGGAUACAGACAGAAGGACUACUUCAUUGCCACACAGGGCCCUCUUCCCCAUACUGUAGAGGAUUUCUGGAGAAUGGUGUGGGAAUGGAAAUGUCACUCCAUUGUAAUGCUUACUGAGCUCCAGGAGAGGGAGCAGGACAAAUGUUGCCAGUACUGGCCUACAGAGGACUCUGCUACCUAUGGAGACUACACUGUAGAGCUGAAGGGAGACACUUUGUGUGAAACCUUCAGUCUACGAGAUUUGGUACUCACCUUUGUGCCGGAGAAGCAGACAAGGACUAUCAGGCACUUCCACUUCCAUGGGUGGCCUGAGAUCGGCAUCCCGGCAGAGGGCAAAGGCAUGAUUGACAUCAUCGCCUCAGUGCAGAGACAGCAGCAGCAGUCUGGGAACCAUCCCAUAGCCGUACACUGCAGUGCUGGUGCAGGGCGAACAGGUACAUUCAUUGCACUGAGCAAUAUUUUGGAGCGAGUCAAAGCAGAAGGCCUGCUGGACGUGUUCCAAACCGUCAAGAGUUUACGCAUGCAGAGGCCUCAUAUGGUCCAAACUGUUGAACAGUAUGACUUCUGCUACAAGGUGGUACAAGACUUUGUUGACAUUUUCUCAGACUAUGCCAAUUUUAAAUAAAAUUUGCCUUAAACCUGGUUUUUAAAUGUUUUCUAAAGCCAAUUUUGCAGUUUUCAGUUUCGUUAACCUUGUCAAAUGACAUUCUAUUUUGCUAUGCACUUGUCCUACCAUUAACCCAAGUUGUUGUUCUGCUGUGAUGUAUGGCAUAUGUCGGAGGGUGAAAAUUGUAAAUGGAAGAAAAGUCAGAUUAAUGGUGUACAUUUUAAAAUGUGUAUUAAGCAUUGCUACAAAGAUGAUCUCUGAUUUGUUGUAUAAUAUUGUUUUAUAACAUUGUUUAAAUGUCUGGGUUUCAUUUUGAACUGAUAGUUUUUAAAAAAAUGUAGUUAUUGUAAAUGUAUUUAUGUAUUGACAUUCCUUGCUUGUGUUAAUGUUUAUUAUUUUUAUUAAUUAUAAAUUGUUCUUUACUGCUAACAUCUGAGAUUAGGAUAUUUUUUUUCUUCACGAUACUGUCAGAAAUGUUUGCAACAAUGACAGCCAUAUUGCAGAGAACAAAAGUCUGAGGUGGUGAUACUGAGCUUGAGUUUUAUAAAUUAAUUCAGUGAGCCAAUCCAGACAGACACAACCUGCCUUUUAUCUGUAUACAGCAAAAAGUACCAAGAAUCGCUGCACAUUACAAAAGCACAGGAGUAAAACUUUUUGCCAAGAACCUUUAAAACAGAAUGUUUUUUCUUUCCAAGUUUAAAUUAUUGCUAAUUAGUGCCAUAUUUAAGUCAUAAAAUAGAAAAGCACCAGGUUAAAAAGAAUGAUGCCUACAAGUUACCUAUGGAUGCAGAGUGCAGAAAAGUCUUAAUUUUAUGUUGCACAGUCAAAACACAAAAAUGUCAGCCAAGAGUUACAAACACGAUCCUUUGUCAGAUUCUUUGCCAAACUGGUUUACAAAAUAAAGAAUGGGAACGAGAAAAGACAGGAUGUAAAGUUUAAAUAAAUUUUUGAACAGAGUCUGAUCCAUCUGGUACUCAAACACCUCACAGUUUUAUUUUUGCUACAUGUAAAUACCACAUGACAAAGUGCUAACAUAGUGACCAGUACUGUAAAGUGAUUGGUCCAGUUUUGUAAACUACAUGUAUGUGACUGUGAGAUACAGACUGAAUAAAACAACAAGUCUAUGUUGCCAGGGCUUGAUUUCUGUUCAAAUGGUCCUUUUGAGGAAUAGUGAGGAGGGCUUGUUUAGCUCCAGCUCUUUGCCUUUGCUCUCUCGCUUUCUCUGUGGGUGGUCUAUCAUUUUUUGGACUGUCUGUGUCUUUAAAAUGCAAGUUGCAAUAUUAAAUUCAUCUAAAAAUG